AACGGACCAAUCGGUGGCCCGUGCUCGCGGGUCGAGGCACCACUUCCAGCCACCAACGACGUCGACCUCCCGUGAUACGGGACGAUCGAGCCGAGCUAACCGUCGAUCUCUCGCUGGGAGACGCCAACCUCGAGACGUCAUCCGUCGUCGUUUCUCUGACGCGGUUCCAUCAGUUUCCAAGAACCGAUCCAAGCACCCCGAAAUCGGUUGUGGAGCUCGUCGGGUUCGAUCGGGGGUUCGUCGUGUUCUCGUCGCUUGUCGUUCUGUCGUGCAUUGGUGAAGUUUGAAGGGACGGAGAUGAUGGGUGAUUUAUUUAAUAUCAGUGCGAGAAGUUCGUAAUACUUUUGAGCGAGUUCUUUUUUUUUUUUUUUUUUUUUUUAAUGAAGGAAGGUGGAACGGUUAAAAUUGUUGGUGUGCACGAGUGCGAAGAAGGAUAAAGAAGAAGAAGAAGAAGAAUUAAUUAGGAAUGUUGGUUGAUACACCAUGAACGGAGCAACGUCGGUCACGACUUCGGAGGAACACCAGCAUCAACAUCAGCAACCGCAAAACGAUCCAUCUCAGGAACAUCCGAGAAGUCCUACGAGCCCUUUGAGUAUUCGACACGAUUCAGGCGAGAGCAGCGUAAUCUCCCCAGGAUUACCAGAACGAUACAGUCCUCUUGGGGCGACAGGAUCGACCUCGAGUCACGAUCCUUACGCCUCGAGGUCUGUCCAAGAAUGCCCUGUUCCUCUUUGCAGAGGAAUACCGACCGAUUUCCCCCUCGCGAGGUCGCCCUAUUUAACCGCCCUUGGUAACGGCCAUCCUCAUCUGUUGGGCCAAGUUCAGCAACAGCAGCAGCAGCAGCAACAACAACAGCAACAGCAACAGCAAUUGCAACCGCAACAUGGCAGUAAACCACCGCGAAGCCUCGGUUUGAUAUGCGUGGUCUGCGGUGAUACCAGCUCCGGCAAACAUUACGGAAUUCUCGCUUGCAACGGAUGUAGUGGAUUCUUCAAACGAAGCGUCAGGCGGAAGUUGAUAUACAGAUGUCAAGCCGGUACCGGAAGAUGUGUCGUGGACAAAGCUCACCGAAACCAGUGUCAAGCGUGUCGUUUGAAGAAAUGUAUGCAGAUGGGGAUGAACAAAGACGCGGUACAGAAUGAACGGCAACCCAGAAACACUGCCACCAUUAGACCAGAGGCUCUCGUCGAGAUGGACCAGGAACGAGCGCUUCGAGAGGCAGCGGUCGCCGUCGGUGUCUUUGGACCACCUGUGUCUUUGGCUAUGGCGAGAUACACGACACCACUGCCUUUACCCACCGUUGCCCCGACGACAAAUUCGACGAACCCUCCGACACCACCUCGACAGGAUAACGAAGAUGGAAAUGCAUCCGAGGACAGUAUAGACGUAACGAACGAGGAACCAUUGACACCCCAAAGAAGCGGUUGCACGCAAAUUCCACCUGUGAUCCCCUCGUUGUACUCGCCUGCAAGUGCUGAAACGGUCUACGAAACCAGUGCUAGAUUGCUCUUCAUGGCUGUAAAGUGGGCCAAGAAUCUUCCGUCUUUCGCGAGUUUGCCUUUCAGGGAUCAGGUGAUACUAUUAGAAGAGGCCUGGUCAGAGCUUUUCCUUCUGAACGCAGUGCAGUGGUGCCUUCCACUUGAAUCAUCCCCCCUAUUCAACUCCGCGGAAUUGACUGCCUUGACAUUGUCGCCGCAUCCUCAUCCCCAUUCCGGAAUCCAUAUGCAAACCACGACGAGUAAACCGAGUCAGGUGGCAGCGGAUGUGAGGCAUUUGCACGAUACCUUGCAGAGAUAUAAGGCUGUCAUGGUUGAUCCUGCUGAAUUCGCCUGUAUGAAAGCCAUAGUAUUAUUUCGACCAGAGACCCGUGGUUUAAAGGAUUCGAGUCAGAUAGAAAAUCUGCAGGACCAAGCCCAAGUGAUGUUGGGCCAACACGCCAGAGCGCAGCAACCAGGUAGCCCGGCAAGAUUCGGCAGGUUAUUGCUGUUGCUUCCAUUGCUGAGGACAGUGCCUGCCUCCAGGGUGGAAUUGAUAUAUUUUCACAGAACAAUCGGCAACACUCCAAUGGAGAAAGUCUUGUGCGACAUGUAUAAAAAUUAAAAAAAAGAAAAAAAAAAAAGAAAAAGAAGAUUCUCAUCAAAGAUAAGUGGAAUUCUAUCGACUUAUAAUAUAAGAUCGAUCCUGUAACAUAUUUCACAUUUUUCGCAUUCGAACGAAUGCCUUUGAAUAUAAAAAUUCAAUAAUCGAGUCAUCUGCAAAGUGAAUCUACCUGGAUACUGCAGAUGCCUGAUCGAAAUUCCUUUGUAAUAUCGUCUCUUUAAGUGUGAUAUAAAAAAAAAAAAGCACGAAAGACUUUUCCUCGCGAAAGUAUAUAUACUGAUGUAUUUAGGUACAGCGUAGGCGUUGGAAGUACAGUUUUAACGGCAGAUUAUUAAAAAAAAAAAAAAAAAAAAAAAA